CCAGAUCGGGAUCAUCAUCUUCCUUGUCUUCUCGCAAGGAGGAUCGUGGCCAGCUAGACCCCCGCAGCCGCACACCGUCUCGCUCUCCCCGUUCUCCCUCCUCCACUGCCAAGAGCAGCUGGUUCUCCUUGGUGAAGAUGAUCAAAGGAUUAGGAGCUAGCAGCUCCGAUCCUCAUCCUCAUCCUCAUCCUCACCCUCACCCUCAUCCUCAUCCUCAUCCUCAUCCUCAUCAUAGUAUCAGUAAUUAUAGUAAGGGGGCUCACAAUGGGCCGCACAAUGGGCCUCAUAACGGGGGUCACAAUUGGGCUCAUAACGGGGGUCAUCAUGGGGGUCACAAUGGGGGUCCGUCUACCUCAUCUAGCAACGUCAGCUGUCGGAACAAGGCAGGUUGUGCGACGGUUGCGACGAAUUGGGCGACGGUACCAGCGACCCACCCAGCAGGAGCUGGAGUAGCGGCCAUGGCUGACAGAGAUGGUGCUCAGCUUGCAGACGCUUCGUUUGCUUGUUCCUCGUCUCCGCGCUUAUCCUGGGGACAGGGUGAUGAUCAUCAUCAUGAUCAUCAUCAUUCGGAUACUCAUUUUGGCCCGGAGAGGGCUGUUGCCACUGGAGGAGGAGGACAAGUUCUCUUCAGAAAUGCAACCCCUCCCACUCGCAGUCAUCCCGAUGCCAAUCUGGCUUCAUCUCCGACGCACUCUGCAGAUCGUCGCCUAGCUGCAGCAGGAGCAGCAGGAGCAGCACCUGGAAAGGCUGGAAGUGCUGUUCCAGGAAGUUUCGGGACUCAGGGAACGAGUGGAGGUGUGACUGGAGGUGGAACCCUUGGGCCCAGAGGAGCUUCGCCAGUGGGAUCGGGUCGCAUAUUGCUGAACGGAUCGGGAUCGGGAGCGGUAUCGGCAUCGAUGGGAUCGGGCGCGGGCGCCGGCGCGGGACGUAUGUACCCACCUGCAUUCUUGUUGUACCCCCCUCGUGGUGAGAAUGAUGGUACUAGGUUCUUGUCGUCGGAGUCGGUGGGAGUGGGAGUGGGAAUGGGAAUGGGAAUGGGAAGAGGAGGAGGAGGAGGAGGCGGAGGUAGCUGUGCAGGCCCUGCAGGGCGAGCAGGAGGAGUUGGAAAAGGAGGAGGAGGAGUCGAUGUUGUGGUGUCGGAAGAAGGAAAAGGGAGCGCAAGCGCUGCGGCCAUAUCCAUGGCGAUGGCAGCAGCAGGAGGAGGAGCAGGAGGAGGAGCAGGAGGAGGAGGAGGAGGAGCAGGAGCAGGAGCAGGAGCAGGAGCAGGAGCAGGAGGAGGAGCAGGAGGAGGUGGUGGGUUGCCGGUUCAGCCUCGUCCUGGGCGGGUUGUUGCGACAGAACGGCAAGGCCCGACGAAGGAUGCCAUCGCCGAUGUUUGGAACAGAGUGUCGGAACUGUACGUGCUAGUUAGUACGUGCAUACUCUGGGUUUACAAGGAGGAGGAGGAGGAGGAGGAGGAGGAGGAGGAGGAGGAGGAGGAGAAAGAAGGGGAGGAGGAGAGAGGAGGAGGAGAAAGAAGAGGAGGAGGAGGAAGAAGAGGAGGAGGAGGAAGAAGAGGAGGAGGAGGAGAGAGAGGAGGAGGAGAAAGAAGACGAGGAGGAGGGGGGGGCGGCAUUGUGCGUACGAACUGUGUGAUAUAUUCGGCGGUGUGUGUGAGAACGAAUGCGAAGGUGGCCAUUAAGGCUUAUGAGAAGGUGAAGUUGUCCCCUUGCAGUAUAUCGCAGAUCAGGCGAGAAGCGACCUUGAUAAAGGGCAUACGACAUGGAUCCAUAUGUGAGCUGUAUGGUGCAUUUGAGGACACAAAAAAUGUGUUCCUGGUCCAGGAGCUGUGUGCCAGAGGAGACCUCAUGGAGCACCUGAUUGGCAAACAAGGAAUCGGCAAGUUCACGGAGGAACGGGCGGUGAGAAUGACCCUGCAGAAGAACCCAGACAGGCGCCCAACCGCAGUGCAAUUGCUGAGUCAUCCCUGGAUUGUCCGACAUGUGCCGGUUCCCCAAGAAGACACUCGCAAGACGAUUCCUGUAGCACCGCUGUCUGAAGUCGCCAGGCACAAUCAGCUUCCGUCUUUGCGCAGCCAGGUGGCAACGCCAUCAACAAGAGCAGCAGCGUCAGGACUACCGUCGCCAGGGCUUCCGUCACGAUUCAACGCACAACAUGCGAACGUGACCAGCCUACAUGUGGUGCAGGGCGAGGGCCAUCCACGACCCAGUACUACUGUCGUUCUCCUUCCCACAGCAGCUGCAGUGGUAGCUGGAUCUCGGCACAGAUCACCUCCUCCUCCUCUUCUUCCUCCUCCUCCUCCUUCUCCUCCUUCCCCUCCGAGCCCCUCAACCAUUCUUGCUGCCAAAACUCCUGCAGACCAGAAGCCUCUCAUCUGCGCUCCCAGAUGCAAUCCGCAACAGCAGUCCGUCGAUGUUAACAGGAAUGUCUUGAUGGACGUCGUCCUCCGCGCAGGCAAAGCAGUUCCCGACAGUGGGGUAAAUGCUUGUCCGGAUAGCACGGACACAAUGUCGCUCAGCACGCCAAGUGGCAUGAUGCCCCAACACAGUGCCGAUAAGCAUAAUCGGGAGUCGAAGAAGGUGCAGAGCUCGACUUCGUUGUUGCCCAGGGGGCUCUUGCCACCAAGUACCGUAAAUUCCGGUCGUGAUUCCCAAGCAUCGUCGCGGAAACUGGGACAGCCAAACUCAGAUUCGAACUCAAGGUUGACCUCCUUCCCUUCUGCUGACCAGAUUCAAGACAAGAAGAGUCAGAAUGCAGCAGCACGAGUAUCUUCCAAGAACGGUGGGACAAUGAACCCAGUCACUUUGUAUCCUGUCCAAAGCGGAAGCACUUACCAAAGAAUGAAAAAUAAGCUAAUGAAGGACAAGAUGUACUUCGGCAAGGCCAAAGCAAUCCCCGUCAACGAUGACCAUUUCCAGACUGCUGCUCGUCAAAAAUCGCCACACAACCCAAAUCCAGUCUCCGCAGCGCACCAAGUACAAGUACAGCUUUCGGGAUCUGCUGUGACUGGGAAUGUCCCUUCUGUCCCAGCAACUGUCAGCUCCAACUAUCAGUCCCUUAAGUAAGAACAAACUUUCUUCUUCUUC